AUGAAAGCAUACAGAGCUAUAGCAACACUCAAUCGCGGGGAUCGAAAGCAUAUUGAAAGAGCAUUCAGGUUUAUGGAAGAGAUUAUCAGAGUAUUUCAUAGUGCUCGUGUUCCUUUAAAGAAUUCUCCACCGUUUAUAGUAGAUAUAGUUAAAGAUAUGUAUCUUCAUCUAUCAUCAAUCGUUAGUCAUGAUGUCUCAGUUGUUCUCAAUAAUGAUUAUUUGAAAGCAUUCCUCAUUAACUUCAAUCACAAAGCUAAGGAUACUUUAAAAGCAUUCCGAAGUAAUGGCAUUGGUAAUGAAGGCUCUGCUGAACGUAAAGUUGUAAUUAAACUGUCCAUUAUCUUCUCAAAUAUGCUGUUUGAAUUGAAAGAAUACUUCCCAGAUUAUGUCUAUGUUGCUAGCGCUUAUCGCAUCAGCAAACGCGAAGCAGAAAAUUUCUGGAAAAACCACUUCCCGGGAAAAAUAUAUGUAUCAUGGGAGGAUUUUAUAAAAGCCGCAAACACUAUGCCUAAUGGACCUCUAGAUAAAACAGAAAUGGAAUCCUUCAGACAAACUGUUGACAUCAUGGGGCAUGAUAUGGUUACUACUUUCGAAUUUGAUGUAUUCACAAGACUUUUCUAUCCGUGGUCUUCGAUCCUUCGCAAUUGGAGAGUUAUAACAGCUUUGCAUCCUGCUUAUGCGCCUACGCUAACCUAUGACGAAGUUCGCCAACACCUUGAGAAAUGUUCACACAUGCCUGGAAGCUAUAUGUACCGACUAUCCUGCACUCGUCCUGGUCAGUGGGCUAUUGGGUAUGUAGGGCAAGAUCACAAAAUCUACCAAACAAUCCCGCAAAACAAAUCAUUGAUUAUAGCAGUUCAUGAAGGAAACCGAGAUGGAUUCUAUAAAUAUCCGAAAGGUAAAAGGAUUGCUAACAUUGAUUUGGGUUCUUUGUUAGAAAUCUGUCCUGCUGAGCGUAUCAAGGUUCCUGCUGAUGAAUAUGAUGCUUACUGCGAAAUGGGUUCAUCAUAUGAAAUGUGCAAAAUCUGUGAUGACCGCAACAAAAACGUCCGGGUAGAGCCUUGUGGACAUUUGUUAUGUUCAGUAUGCCUUGCUAAUUGGCAGGAAGCUGAAAAUGGAAAUACGUGUCCGUUCUGCAGAGAAGAAAUCAAGACUACAAGUCUUAUUAUGUUCGUUCGUGAAACUUCUUCUAAUUUCGAAGAGAUUCCCAACGAUCCUGUUGAAACAGCAAUUUGUGAAGAAAUGGAUGAUACAAUAGAGAUGAAUUCCCAUAAUGGUAGUGCUCCUGAUCUCAUAGACAUGACGGAAAACGGUUUGCCUUUAGAUAUUCCUAUACCGCCUAGACUCCCUGAAAGCGGUCCACCACCUCUUCCUCCUCGUACUCACCGUCGUAAUCGUCAAUAA